CGUUGCGACGCGGAGCGUGCGCGGCGCGCGGUGACGGAGCGCGGCGGCCGCGUCCCUUUGUUGGCGGCGGGUGAGGCGCGGCGGGGCCGGGGCCGGGGCCGGCGGGGCCGCGGGAGCCACCGCCGCUCCCCCCACCGCCUCGCCAUGGACUCGGACGAGGGCUACAACUACGAGUUCGACGAGGACGAGGAGUGCAGCGAGGACAGCGGCGCCGAGGAGGACGAGGAGGACGACGAGGAGGACGAACCCGACGAUAACCUGGACCUGGGCGAGGUGGAGCUGGUGGAGCCCGGGCUGCGCGGUGGCGGCGAGCGAGAGGGGCUGCUGGGCGGCGAGACCGGCGGGCUGGGCCCCGGCCCCGGCGGGCUGGGCGGCGGGCCGGGCCCCGGCGGCGGCGGCGGCCCCGAGCAGGACGAGGAUUACCGCUACGAGGUGCUCACGGCCGAGCAGAUCCUGCAGCACAUGGUGGAGUGCAUCCGCGAGGUCAACGAGGUCAUCCAGAAUCCAGCGACUAUCACUCGAAUACUGCUUAGCCAUUUCAACUGGGAUAAAGAGAAGCUGAUGGAGAGGUACUUCGAUGGCAACUUGGAGAAGCUCUUUGCAGAGUGUCAUGUAAUUAAUCCAAGCAAAAAGUCUCGAACGCGCCAGAUGAACACGAGGUCAUCGGCCCAGGAUAUGCCUUGUCAGAUCUGCUAUCUGAACUACCCCAAUUCGUACUUUACUGGCCUAGAGUGUGGACACAAGUUCUGCAUGCAGUGCUGGAGUGAAUAUUUAACUACCAAAAUAAUGGAGGAAGGCAUGGGACAGACCAUUUCAUGCCCUGCUCACGGCUGUGAUAUCUUAGUCGAUGACAAUACAGUUAUGCGCCUGAUCACAGAUUCCAAGGUUAAAUUAAAGUACCAGCAUUUAAUAACCAAUAGUUUUGUAGAGUGUAAUCGACUGUUAAAAUGGUGUCCUGCCCCAGAUUGCCAUCACGUUGUUAAAGUCCAGUAUCCUGAUGCUAAACCCGUUCGCUGCAAAUGUGGACGUCAGUUUUGCUUUAACUGCGGUGAAAACUGGCACGAUCCUGUUAAAUGCAAGUGGUUGAAGAAAUGGAUUAAGAAGUGUGAUGAUGACAGUGAAACUUCUAAUUGGAUUGCAGCAAACACAAAGGAAUGCCCGAAAUGCCACGUCACCAUCGAGAAGGACGGGGGCUGCAACCACAUGGUCUGUCGGAACCAGAACUGCAAAGCGGAGUUCUGCUGGGUGUGUCUGGGCCCCUGGGAGCCCCAUGGAUCUGCCUGGUACAACUGUAAUCGCUACAAUGAGGAUGAUGCAAAGGCAGCAAGGGAUGCACAGGAGCGAUCCAGAGCAGCCCUGCAGAGGUACCUGUUCUACUGCAACCGCUAUAUGAACCACAUGCAGAGCCUGCGCUUCGAGCACAAGCUCUAUGCUCAGGUGAAGCAGAAGAUGGAGGAGAUGCAGCAGCACAACAUGUCGUGGAUCGAGGUGCAGUUCCUGAAGAAAGCAGUCGACGUCCUCUGCCAGUGUCGUGCCACACUCAUGUACACAUACGUCUUUGCCUUCUACCUCAAAAAGAAUAAUCAGUCCAUUAUCUUUGAGAAUAACCAAGCAGACUUAGAGAAUGCUACAGAGGUGCUUUCUGGGUACCUUGAGCGAGAUAUAUCCCAAGAUUCGCUGCAGGACAUAAAGCAGAAAGUACAGGAUAAGUACAGAUACUGCGAGAGCCGACGAAGGGUUUUGUUGCAGCACGUGCACGAAGGCUACGAGAAGGACCUGUGGGAGUACAUCGAGGACUGAGCUCGGCCCUGCAUAAAACGAACUCUGAAACCUUUACCAUCUAGAGUGCUCAUGCGAUUCAAAUAAAACACACCCGAGGCGCUACGCCUGUUACACUGCUGGUCUGUAGUACCGGGAUUCUGUUUUGUUAACAGAAAUAUUAAGUAAAUUAUAUUGUAAUAAAAAAGGUAGAUAAACCAUUGUACAACAGUAUUCUAGGUGGCCAAUAAGCGUGUGACAGGCGCACUAAAAAAAGAAACCCUCCAACUUUAACUUGUAACGUAGCUUCAUUCUCCAAGCCGACUCCUUUUUCUUUUCUAUCUUUCUGUUCCUGUGUGUAGUACAGAUGAAAUUUAAACCAGUUUCUCAACACUGCUUUUCAUGUCCAACCCAGCCAUUUUGGUGUACUUUGGUCAGGGGGAUGGCGCUCCCGCCCCCUCCUCCUCUCUGCCACCCCAGCACAUGGAUGAAUGUCGAUUGGCGCGUUGGGAAGGUGAUCCUUGGGGAGGGAAGGAGGGGGGGUACACAGCAAGGAAAAAAAAACUUUGUAUAUGACUUUUAAAACAAAAAGAGGACAACACAGUAUUUUUCAAAGUUGUAUAUAGCGCAUAUGCAUGGACAAAGAGCAAGCGUGGCAUGUGUUUGCAUAAUGUUUAAUUACAAAAAAUAUUUAUUCUUUAAAAAUCUUCAAGAUUAUGUCUAUUUGCUGUGCAUUUUCUUUCAGUUGGAACUUUUUGUUUUGUUUUGUUUUCCCUGGGCUGGGGUGGGGGAAGCGUGUGCUCCACUAGUGAAUAUUUUCUUUUCUUUGGAAGGCUUUUACUAGAGAAGUUAAGUUUUCUCUUAACAUCCCGGGUUUGUGUGUGUCCCUUGCAGGCGCUGGAGCCCUCCCGUUGCGCAGAGCUCCUGGGGCUGUGUUCCGCGCUCUGCGUUGCCUCGUGCGCUUCCAGACAGGAUGCUUUGCUGGGUUUUUUUUUUCUGCCCCCAGAUUGCUCCCUGCCCAAACCCCACUCUGCUGUUCCCAUCCACGCACGCAGGACACGCGCUCCGACCCCACAGGAUGUGUGUGUGUUUAGAGCUUCAUUUUUCAGUCUGAGGCAGCAACAGGAGGGGUAUUUUGCACCACUUCUCACAAGAUUUCAGCUGUGGAUCUCCUCUCCCUCCCCUUUUCAUCUGUCAAACGGACCGGUCCUUGCUGUUUCAGUUCCACUUACAUUAUAACGAGUCGUAAUGUUGAAAAGGAAAGAUGCUGGAAUUGUCUUUGUUUGUUUUGGGCUCAGUUCUUGGGCAUACUGUCCUGGCAAAUAUCUAACACUCCAUCUAGCGCAGUAGAAGCUGAAAUCAGUGGGGUAUUUUUCAAUUAAAAGGGGAAAGAACUAAUGAGUUUAGCUACUGAGUCCAUUUUUAUGAUUUCUGUAACAAGAGCUAUGUUAAAGUAAACAAUUGGUGGUGGUUUUAUUAAAUUUACUCCUGUAUAGGAAUUCCUGCUGUGGUAUUUUUCGCCAGGCUGGCGUCCUCCAAGCUCUCUGCCUGCUGCAAGGGAACACAUUUGCGAAGGGGCAAAUCACAGGCAGGGCUGUAACGUAAAUCAGUCCCGUUGGUUCCCUUCCUGCUGAACAGCACUGCCAGCCAUGCUGGUCGCUCUCCCUGGCCCUGCUUUUCCCUCCUAGGGCUUAUUUUGCAGCCCACCAGGUUUCCUUGUGGCUGGGGAGGGGUGGGAGGCCAGUGGCUACUUGGGCUUCCCCUUGGCUCACCUCAUCCAUGUAUUCAUUGCUUUGGAACACCUGGAGUGUGAUGGGAAGCACAGGCUGGCUCUGGG